CCCAAGGGCCGUCACGUGAGGCAGGCGACAAGCGCGCGGGUGGGGCGGGGUUCGGCGGCGCCUGGCGAGGAUCAAAGUGCGGCUGCAGACCGGGCAAAACCCAGUUGGGCUGGACAGCCAUGCCCAAGUACUGCCGGGCUCCGAACUGCUCCAACACUGCGGGCCAGCUGGGCGCGGACAACCGCCCGGUGAGCUUCUACAAGUUCCCGCUGAAGGACGGCCCCCGGCUGCAGGCCUGGCUGAGGCACAUGGGCCGUGAGCACUGGGUGCCCAGCUGCCACCAGCACUUGUGCAGCGAGCAUUUCGCCCCCUCUUGCUUCCAGUGGCGCUGGGGCGUGCGCUACCUGCGACCCGACGCCGUGCCCUCCAUCUUCUCCCGAGCGCCGCCCGCCCAGAGGCAGCCGAGUUCCCGAAGCACGGAGAAACCCGCCGUGCCUCCGCCUCUGCAGGCGACCCCAUCCUUGGCCCCAGGCCCCGCCGUCCCGGCCCGGGGGCCCGUACAGCUCUUGAUGCUGGAGCCAGCCUCCGGGGCCCCCGAGGCUCCAGCCACCGUUUUCCUGACGCCCCUGUCGCUUCCGCCGGCUCCCGCGGGGCUGCGCCCUAGAGCAUCAGCCCAGCACCCCCGGGCCGGGCUGGGCGCGGCGCUGGGCGCGCUGCAGCGGCGGGUGCGGAGGCUCCAGCGGCGCCACGAGCAGCACCGGGCGCGGCUGCGGGCCCUGGAGCAGCUGGCGCGGCAGCUACAGGCGCGGGUGCACUGCGGCCGGCUGUAUGCGCUCCCUCGACCUGAGGAAUCCCAAGCCUUCACCAUCAUCUGUGGAGGGCCUGACAUUGCUGUGGUCCUUGCCCACAGUCCUGCACUUCCCACGCUGGACGCCAAGCCUGAGCUCCUGGACACUCAGACUCCCAGUGCAUAAGGACCAGGACAGAUAAUGUCAUAGGAAGGAUGACAGAAGACAGAGGAAGAGAGACACAUCACACAUGGACUUGGCCCGCAUGCCUGGGGCAUAGCACUGCCUUCCUCAAAGGCCUGGCUCCCACCACCUCCUCCUAGGAACCCCUUGAACUUUAGGGCCAACCUGGGCCCAAGACCUCUGUCAGUAGUGAUGACCCUGGGUACCAGGUCCCAAACCCACCUUCAAUCCUUGUGGUCAGUAAAAUAUUCUCAGUGCAGGGAGAAUACUGUUUUCUUGGGGAGAGUUGUAACUGGUACUGAAGAGCCCCUCAUACCCUUUGCCAAGCCUGGCACCAAGCUGGGGAUACAGCAGUGAACACAGCUGACAAAAGUCCUGUUCUCAUGGUGCUCCAAUUCUGCUUGAAUAGAAGAUGAAAUAGUGAACUAAUA